AUGGGCCUGGUGCUGGCACGGCGGGAAGAUGAGCAGAACGAGUACAACCAGUUCCUGGACAAGUGCCGUCCCGAGUACAUCGAGAACGACGAGCUGCUCGGCCUCGCCCCCGAAGGGGGAGACCGCAAGGACGACCACGUCGACCUGGGGAGGGAGCAGCAUUUCGACCCAGAGGACGACCACAGCGCCAGCGACGAAGACAGCGAGGACGGGGAUAGGCAGGCGGCGCCCCAGUUGCAGCCCACCGCGCCGUCAGCGAAGGUCGACGCCAGAACCAGGGCGCAGGGGCGCAUCGCGGACCAGCAGAGGCAGUUGCUGCAGUCGGCGGCCACGGGACGCAAGUGGAAGGCGAUGCAGCUUUCCCGCAAGCCGCACAUCAAGGUGAACUUUGCAGACGUCCACGGCCGCACGGCCCUCUUCCUCGCCGCCGAGCGCGGGCAGCCGAGCGUGUGCGAGAUGCUGCUGGGUGGUAACGCGACGCUGCGGGCAAAGGUCGACAAGACCAACAACGACGGAUGGACCCCUCUGGCAGCUGCGGUGUUUCAUGGCCAGGUGGCGUGCAUCGAGGUGUUGCUAAACGCCGCGGCAAAUGUGAACGCCCAGGACAAGCACGGUUGCACGCCUCUCAUAUUGGCCGCCUCGUCUCCGAAGCUAUAUCUUGUGGACCUCGUCUCCAGGCCCGAUCGUAGAAAGCGCGAGAAGGUCAGGAGAGAGGCGUUCCGCCUCCAGAACAGACUGGAGAAGGGCAUCGGUGCUGGUCAGACGGGCGACCAGGAGGACGACCUCCCAGCGGGCCAGGGCAGGCUGGCGAACGGCAUGGACCCCUUCACGAUCUGGAGGUAUUACCCCAAUAGGAUAGAGCUGAUCGUGAUGGACAGGCUCAUGGCGAAGAGCAGACUUCAGGUCGACCUGACCGACAAGUGGAGGCGUACGCCCCUCACCUACGCGGCCCGGUACGGGCGGGUGCACGCAGUCAGCCGCCUGCUCUACAGGAAGGCGAACAUACACCACAAGGACAAGGACGGGAAGACGGCGGUGCACCACGCCGCGUGCAACGAUCACCUCGAUACCGUGGAGCUCCUGCUUGCUGCCGGCAGCUCUGUGAAUUCCACGGACGAGUAUUUUCGAACGCCGCUGCAUGGGGCGUUGGACGCGAAGGACGAGUCGAUGGCGAAUUUGCUUCUCAAAGCCGAUGCCAGCGUGAAUGCGUACGACUGCGAGGGGCGCACGCCCAUCAUGCUGGCGAUGGACCAGCAGAACCAGCGGCUCUUUGGUGCGAUCAUCGAGCAUCGAUCGAAUCUGGACGUUCUCGACCGGCGCGGGUGGAAUGUGGUUAUCUAUUCGAUCGAGACAGGCAUGUUUGGCGAGGUCUUCGGAUUGCUCUCCAAGCUGGGCGAGCGCUCGAAGCCGGUCCUCCGGAGCCGCGACCCCCAGGGCCGCAAUUGCUUGCACCACGCCGCGCAGCUCCACGACGCUGCCUACUCGAACAAGGUGGUCGACCAGCUCCUGAACAUGGACCACGCGGCCGCCACGCUGGGCGACUGUAACGGCGACACGGCCAUCCACUUCUCCGCGGAGUUGGGCCGCCUGGAGGCCCUGCGCAUGUACGUCUCGUUCCACGAGCGGGUGGACUUCCUGAACAACCGCGGGGAGACGCCCCUCCACUACGCCGCACACGGUGGCCACAUCGCCUGCGUCGUGUUCCUUAUCGAGAACCGCGGUAAGGGCCCAGUGUGCGAUGCGUACGCGAUAGACAAGGAGGGCAAGACGCUGUUGAUGCAUGCGUGCGUGUCGGGAAACCUGGACCUGGUGAACGUGCUCGUUCAAAACAAGGAUGGGAAGCAUUCAGUGCUGGCGUUGCCACCCCUGGACGUGAACGUGCGGGACUGCUACGGGCUCACCGCACUGAGCAUCGCGGCCCAGGAGGGCCACUGGCAGCUGCUGCCGUCGCUGAUGCUUGCUGGCGCCAGCACCGCCACCAAGGAUUUCGACGGCUUCACGGCACUUCACUGGGCCGCGGUGGAGGACGAGGCGUUGGCAGCGAGCUGCUUGAUCGACCUGGGCUUGGACCCGAAUGCCACAGAUGACCGCGGCUGGACGCCCCUGAUGCACGCUGCCGCGAGGGGCUCGGACGAGGUCGCUCGCGUGCUCGUGGACUCUGGGGCACGCCUCGACGUACGGAACUGGGACGGCGACACCGCGACCCAGAUAUGUGCGAGGCGCCAGGAUUCCGUCGAGGCUGCGCAGGUCACGAAGGACAUCUUGGCAGAUGCGAUGCUGGAUGUUGGCGUCAAGCCGUCUGGAUGCAUCUCCGCAGAGGGGCACUUCAAAGUCUCCGUGAUUCGCGCUGAGGACCUCUACUUGGAGGGCAAGGUCGGGGAGCUGAAUGUCUACGUGUGCUGCAUUUUCUGUACGCAGGACGGCUCGGCGCCACAGGUCGCCUUCUCAUCCUGCUCCAUGAACGACUCGCACCCAGAGUGGCACGAGGUCUUCCGGUUCGACACAGAAAAGCUGGACAGUUCGGCGUGCUUGGUCGCGUGGGUGAUGGCAGCGCCAGGCACCACGGCCGAGGACGUGGUUGACAGUGCCACCCUGGGCUUGGACGAGCAGGAACUCCACCGCAUCAGGAUGAACGAGAGGAUCACAGGGAAGCAGCGCGUGCGAAAGAGGGCUGGCUUCGGCACAUCGCUCCAGGAAUCCUUCGGAAGGAUGAUGAGGCAGGCCGAUAAAGACCAGGAUGAGGAAGUGCAGAAGCUGCGCAAGCUCGCCUUGGCCCAGAGAAGAGACGCAGAGCCGACGAGUGACUUGAAGACCGCCACCGAGAGCGAGAGGGACUUUCUCCCUCUUGAGCAGCGCCGUUGGUUGGAGGUCAACAACCUCCGCGCGCUUUUGCAGCGAAGUGGCUGCAACGUGGCCCCCCCUCUUGCACCUAAGUGUCACUUGCCGCUUGGCUGCGUGGUGGUGCGGUAUCGGCAUCUCCGGCAAGCUGUGUGGGGCGUGGAGCCGGUGGAAAUCAACAGAACUUUGCGACUAAAUUGUCGUGGGAGCUUGAAGCUGGAGGUCGAUUUUCGGCCGAAGUUCUUUGAGUGCAAGGUUGAAGAAAAGACAGCAUUCAAGGAAGAUGCGGGCGAUGAUGACGUGUACGACCUAAGGCCGUUGACCGGUUUAUCGCCCGAGCAGUUGCAUGAACUUGAUAUGGCAGAAGUAGACGAUUUCCGACCACAGCAGAUGGAGACUGGGGGGAAGGCCGUCACCGUUGAUGAUGUAUUGAUGGAGCUCGCGAACCACGGGAAGCCACGAAGAGACGCCGAGGAAUUGUGGAAGCGCUUCAGACAGGUGCGGCAAUGGUCCCAGACCGUUCUUGAGGUCAAGGCCCAGGUAGCAGCCGAGGAAGAGCCACUCCCGCCGCCGAAGAACAGGGAAAAGGCAAAGGAUCCUGCGGAUGGUGCCUCCGCGUCGGCGGCCGCUCGUGGCGCGAGGGACAAGGACCAGGACAAGGAAGCGAAGACCGAGGCCGAGUCGGAGACCCCGUACGUGGUGAAGGCAGUGAAGCAGGCCAUGCUGAGGUACCAGGCCGCCCGGCAGGCCGCGGAGCUCCGCCGCGAAGCGCUGGACCUGCCCAUCGGCAGCGCGGCGCGCGGCGUGGUGGCCGCGGGGCUCCACGCGGUCACCGCCGCGUCGGCGGUGCAGCCAGGGGCGCGCGGCGGCGCGGCGGCGGCCCCAAGGCUGCAGCUGGGCGGGGCGCAGCAGGCGAAGGAGAAGCCUUUGGGGAUGCGGCUGCCCUCGCUGGACCCCGAACCGUGGCUGGAGAGGCUCCUGGAGGGCUCCCGCCUCUGGGCCUAG